UGUUAAGGGGUUUCUGCCUCAUCACGAAAACAUUGCCCUCUUGCAGCUGCCACACCAGUUGAAUGAUUGCCAAAAUGGAGAGCACCCAGGAGUCCUAUAUCGCUCAUCCAUCCCUACAAGUGUACUACAGUGUUCCUCAAGAGUCUUCUACUCAGGUUCCCAGCUCGCAGGUUGUCGGACCCUACGUCGAUACCAACAUUCCCUGUGGUUCUUUGGGUUAUAUCCAAAAUGUUCCUCCUCAGCCUCCAUCCAUUUACAUCUGCCGGGGCUGCUUGUUGGUUAUUUGCGAGGCAGUGUUUGGUAGUAACAAGUGCUUUGAACUGAUAAGAGAGGAAAACGUAUGUUUCUGCUGCGAAGAAUCCCGCAACCCGGGAUACCUGAUCUCUGUGUCAUAUGGAGAGCAGGUUUUAAAGGCUCGUGAUAUAACCAAAAGGCUGUACUGGAUGGAAUUGCGUGACGGCAAUGAACGCGAGGCUUCCAUACUGUCCAUGUUAGAUGUAAUGAUGACUAUUGCUGACUUGCUCUUUUGUCAUAGUUCAACGAAGCCUUGAUGAUUCAAGAUGAAUGACUAUG